UUGACCCAUACGAUUCACGCUCUCCCUCACGGAGGAAAGGUUUUCCUCGUUCAUUUUUGUUUUACUUUUGCUAAUUCCUCUUCCUGUGGUUAUAAUUUAAAUCCCUCAAGCAUAUAGUUAGCAUAAUCGGUAGAGUACGCUGCUUGGUAGUAAUUAGUUUUGGAAUUUAUCAUUGUCCUAGUGCUUCAAGCAUUUAUUAUUUGCAAAUACCACCAUCGCAUCACGAGUUUCGCAUAGAGCAAAUAUUUCGAACGAAAAAAAGUGCAAUUAUAAUUAGAAUUUGCGUAGCAUAAUAAGUUGCCUUUUGGAGAAAAAUUAGCCGAUGCAAAUUUUGGCAGCGGAGCAGCUCGAAGUGUGUACAUUUUGAUUUUUCUACGCUGAAACGAAAAUAGCCAGUCUUUUGCGUAGCAAGCACUCUGAAGAGGAAGGUGAAAAGAUAGAAGAAAAACCAAGUGGUCAUGGGAGAUCAAGUGAAGCGCAAGAAUGUGACCAAAGUGUAAAAAAAAAAGAUUAAAAAUUUUCCAUACUGUGAAGAUAAUCAGAUUAUGUAAUAAUUUUUGCCAAAACGAAGAAUAGCGGCUGCAGUCAGAAAGUGAAACGAAAAGAAAGGUUAAAUUGAGUGCACGUUAAACAAUCAGUAAUAACCUAGUCAUUUCGGUCAGUGGUGCGCGAAAAGGAAAAAUAGAGUGAAAAUUGUCGAAACACUCGGUGGCCGGUAUCUUUCACGGCAGCGAGGCGAGAAAUAGAAAUAGCGGUGAAAACUGAAAGUUUUUUUUUUGCUAGAAAAGCAGUUACUAGUGAACGGGAGGCAGGCAUCUUCCAUAUUGGAAGCAAAAAGGCAGGAAAGAAAACAAAAGUGAUCAUCGGCUGCAGUUCCAGAAGGAAAAAAGCCUACUACCAUUCACAAUGGCAACGGUUAACAGUCGAAUUGAGCCAACCGGUGGCAGUUUUGGGCCCCGGAAAACGUUGAUCAUAAUGGUAACGGUGGUUGGAUGUAUUGCGAUUCUGUGGCCUAAGGUUUUCUACCCAAUGAUGGUUGGCCCAACACAGACAAAGAGUGUGGUCAAGGAUCAUCGCGGAUCAGGUUGUUGCGAUGUUGUGUUGGAUCAGGAGGAAACUUUUGCCAACAUGUCGAUCAAUAUCCCUAGCCAGCAGAAUUUGUUCCGCAAGCGGAACAUUGGACCCACGGUGGAAGACAGCAGUAUACGACAAGAACGACCACCACACCUCCGGCCAGACACAAUUCAUCCUGCCAUGCGAGAACGUGGCCGAGCGAUUCCCCACGUUGGAUCAGUACACAGCGAGCGACCACAGUCAUCACCCAGGAUCGUUGAGGGCAGGCCCGGUCCCAUACCUGGUAUGCGCCCGCCUAUGGGAGCUGGAUCGCAUCAGUCUACAAAAUCCGCCAACUCAAUGGGUUUCAUAAUGCCACUCUAUACCAUCGGUAUUGUUUCAUUCUUCAUCUACACAAUACUGAAACUCAUAUUCAAGAAAACGCCAGUCACGCCUUACCCAGAGAUAAAACCAGACACGACCUUUAGGAAUGAGGUCUUCACCACACCAGACCCGUAUAUCAAGCGACCCGACAUUGGAACCACUAAACUAGGACAACCGAUCGCAAAUGGAGAGAACGGUGCCCCAGUUUCAGUGGGACCAGUGUCCAACGGUAGCGCUAGCACUAACUUUAGCCACUCGGUACAGGCGGAAAUCAGCGUUGACUAUCAACUGCUGGCCGCAAAGCCGGAGCCAAGUCCUGCGACGACAGACUCAAGCGUAGAGGAUGAGCCGUUCCUGGUUACCGCCGCUCCAGUAGAGCAGGGCAAAAGUGGUGAUGCUAGCAGCGCACCGGAAGAGACGAACAACGAUGAAUGCGUACAGCCCGAGUACGAUCCUGCUACCGAGAAGGUAGUUGACGGAAUCGUAGAGCAGAAGGUUGUACGAUUGGACGAAGAAGGAACGAGCAAUGAGAUUAUCGAGCAAGUAGCUAGUCAAGUGGUAGAAGAAGUUCUACAGGAAGCAGAAAGUAAGAUCAACGAAGCAGCUGAAGCUGCAGCUGUUGAAUUGGUAGACAAGGUAGUCGAGCAAGCGGAAACCGCAUCUCUUGUGGCUGAUAUCGAUGAAUCUGCAGAGAAAGGAGAACCUAUUACAUCGGCUGAGGAAUCAAUUGUCUUAAAUGCUCUAUCAGAGGCUGUUGGUGAGCAGGUUUCAGCAACGCAGGAAGAAGUUGUCUGUGAGGCAUCAGUACCGGAGGUGGUUGACGAAGUUGAACCGAUUCUGAUUUCAAAGGAAGUCACAUUUGCAGAAGCGGCUCACGAAGUUGUUUCCGAAGUAACAGAGCCGUCCGAGAAACCGCAGGAAGACAAGAUUCAAUCAACUGAAACUGAAUCAAUUCAAGAAGAAACAGCUGUUGAAUUGACUGUAUCGGAAGCUGCUACAACGGACGAAGUCAUUCAAGUAUCAGAAGAGGCUAUUGUUACAGACGAUGUUUUUGAAACUGCUUCUAAGGUAGAGGAGUCGAACGAGAAACCGCAGGAUAAAGAGGGUGAACCAAUUGAAGCUGAAGUGACACAAGAGGAAAUUGUUAUCAAAUUAUUCGCAUCUGAAGCUGAACAAUCUAUCCAAGAUUCUGAAGAAGCUACUUUUGUAGUUGAGGAUACUGUAGAACAGGAUGUCGUAGAACCAAUGGAAUCCAAAGUGACGCAAGAAGAAUCUACUGAAGUGACACAAGAGGAAAUUGUUAUCAAAUUAUUUGCAUCUGAAGCUGAACAAUCUAUUCAAGAUUCUGAAGAAGCUGCUGUUGUAGUUGAGGAUAAAGAAGAACAGUCAGAGCAGGAUGUCGUAGAACCAAUGGAAUCCAAAGUGACGCAAGAAGAAUCUACUGUCGAAGAACCCGUGUCAGAAGCAGUCAUCGUGGCUGAACCAAUACUUGCUUUAGCCGAUGAAGUUGUUCCGAAGGUAGAAGAUGUAGCUGAGACGUCACAGGAAGAGUUGGUUGAACCAACUGAAUCUCAAGUGGUACAAGAAGAACCUACUGUCGAGAUAGCUGUAUCCGACGAAGCAACUGUCGAAGAUGUUCUUCAAGCUUUGAAGGAAGUUACUUUUGCUGACGAAGAGCAGGUCAAGAAGUCGCUGGAUGGAGUAGAGGAGGCAUCUGAACAAGCAGCAGCACAAAUAGAAGCUUGUGAAGUACUAUCAGAAUCGAGAGUUACUUUUGUCGAUGAAGUAGUUGAAAUCGUCAGCCCAGUAUAUGAAUCGAUCGAAAAAGAUACACCAAUAGAAGCCGAAACCACAUCUGAAGCAACUAUUAUUGCUGAAGAACCGGUUGAAUCGUCGAGAGGAGUAACUUUUGAAGAUGAAAUAGUGGAAAUUGUUUCAAAGGUAGAUGAAUUGGUCGAGAUACUACCGGAAGUAGUGGACGAACCAUCUGAACUAACAGUUGUGACUUCGACGGUCGAUGUUGUGGUGGAUAAUUCCACAUCAACAGAUGCUGAAUUAUCGAUUGAUGAUGAAGAAGCCACAAUCAAGGCGCUAGCAGCAAAUAUGGAAGAGGCAAUUGCUCAACAAUCGGAAGAAGCUGAAGCUAGAGCAGUUGCUGAAGAACUUGUCAACGAAGUAUUGGAACAGGCAGAGAGUAUUGCAAACGAAACAGCUGAAGUGGACUCGUUCGAACUUCCCAGCUUUGACCCAGCUACACAGAAACUAGUUGAUGGUGAAGUCAUCAAUCGUUUUGCUCCUGAAGAUGUGCUACCACAGAUUGCUGGUGAAUCGUCUUCUGUUGCAGAACCAGCGAUAGAAGAAGUGGUUGAAAAGGUGUCCGUUCAAGAAGUCAGCGCUUUCAACACUGAAAAAUUGCCAAUGGAAAGUCCUGUCGAAAUUGAGGAAGCUGUCUCCGAGGUUAACGUUGAUGGUGAAGACAGUGGAAAGGCAUCUGAUGAAGUUGAAAAAGAGAUUACUCAGACGGAGGCUUUCAAAAAAGAAAUCGUACAGGAGAUUACCGUGCAAUCCGUUGAAACUGAAGAGAAAGCACCAGCCAUUGAGGAACCCGCAGAGAAAGUAGAUGCUGAUGAAUUAUCAAAGAAUUAUGUGGAUGAGAUCAAGGAAAGCUCUUCUGAACCAGAAUUUGUUGAAGAAACAAUAAUUACAGAGAAGGUUGAGACAAUGGUUGAACCAGCGCAGAUCGAAACAUCGCAUGAGCAAAAUGAACUUGAAGCAGUUACUAUCGAAAGUAAUUUAACUGCAGAAAGUGAACAGCCUAAAGAAGCUUCUCAUGAGGUUGCCUCUUGCGUGGAAGACAACGAAUUGGAUCGUGAACAGCCGGUUGAAGAAGAUGUCAUUGUGGCAGAAAUCACAGAAUCAACUGAAGCAGUUUGUGAAGCGGUACAAGAAAGCGUAGUCAAGCCAUCUCCGGUUGAAUCAACAACUGCAUCAGAUGCUGUGGAAGAGUCAAUUAAAUUUUCCGAGCCUACUCAAACUAUCGAAGGUAGUGUAUCAGUACCAACGGUUAACGAAGAACCUCUGACGUCUGAAAACGCCGUCAAUGAUGGAACAAACGUUCAACUGGAUUCGGUAGUUGAGGAAAUUACUUCUGUUAUCUCGAAAGUGAUCGAUCCAGUUCAGGAAAUUAUAACUGUCACUGAAACGACUGCAGAUGCUACUUCAAUUAAUGAAUCUUCUGAAGAAGUAUCUACUACAGUAACUGAUAGUGAAGCACUUCCAGAAAUAUCUGAAACCGUCUUUGAAGUUCAGUCGGGAGAUACCGAGGCAGCAUCGGUUGUAGAGGAAUCUGUGAGCGCCAACGAACCCAGCACGGAAGAGCAGAUUACUGUAGAAGAAGAAACUGUUGUUGAGUCAAACCAUGUGGUGGAAGAUAAUUCCAGUGUACUGGAGACUCCAGUUGCAGUUACAUCUGUCGACGAGACUAAGUUGGUUGAAAUUUCUGUUGAACAGCAAGUAGAGGUCAAUGAAACUAGUGAAUCAGUCACAGCCCAUUCAGUAGAACAUGAGGUGCCUCUUUCAGCAACUCCCGGUAAGAUUCGGAAAGAAGAACCAGCUUUGGAAUCUGCUACAUCUGUACAAGUAGAUGCAGUGAGCAGUGAUAUUCAAAAAGAAAUUAAUGUUGUGGAGGUAACUGACCCAGUAGAGGAGUCACCUUCAGUUGAAACCGAAACGAAGGAAGCUGCACAGACCAGCGAAUCUGUUGUAGCUGAAAUCGUUGAAGAGGAGGAUGCAUUUGAAAAGGAAGCUGACUCGUUUGAAAUCGUGAAGCAAGUACAAGAUGCAGUGGAAACAGAAAGUGAAAAUGUAACAGAGACGACUGCUGACGAAACCAAAGAUACACCUUUGAUGGACGUUGCUGAUAUUAUUUCUGUUGAAGUCAAAGUAACGGAUGGUGAACAGUCAGUCGAACCAGCUGUGGAAGAAAUCGUAAUGAAAGAGGUUGCAACUGUUCAAGAGUCUGAGCCAAUCGACGAAGUAAAGAAAGAACAAGUGGCCAUCGAAACAGAAGGACAAACUGAAACAGAGAUGACAUCUACUGAAAUGCAGGAAACAACGUUGACUGAAGUUGAAGUUAAAGAUCUUGCACAAGCAAGUGAAUCAGCAGUGGACGAAAGCGUAAAGGAAGAGGUUCCAGCUGUUCAGGAGGCUGAGCCAAUUGAAAUAGUACAGGAAGAACAGGUGACCGUGGAAACAGAAGAACAGAAAGUUUCGGAGACGACCACUACUGAAGCGAAGGAAACACCAUUAACUGAUAUUGUUGAAGCUAUUUCGGUUGAUGUUGAGGGCCUUGUACAAAACAGUGAAGAACAAGUAGCAGCAGAACGUAUUUUCACAGAAAAGCCCGCAGAACAAACCACUGUACCGCCAGCUCCAGAUGUAGUCUCAGAAACGAUAAUCACUACAGAGGUACUGCAUGGUGCUUCUUCAACCGAGCCCGUAAUCUUAAGCUGCGAGGAAGCCACAGUUGAAGUGGUUUCUGUUAAUGAAGUCAGUGUUGAGGAACCAGAAGAAUCGUCAAGCAAACUGUUAGAAGAUUCAUUUACACGAGGACCGACCAUUGAAGAAAUUCAUGACGAAACUGUAGAUGCUUCAGAUGAAGGAAAAACUAGUGAUGAAUUCCCGAUUAAGGUUGAAGUUGAAAAAGUAGACACUUCUGAAAUGAUCUCAGAAGUGACUGACGAGCCGACAGUCACUAGCUCAGUUCCUUCAGUUACAACAGCUCCGGUGCUGGAUAUCAUUUCGGAGAAUCAAGAGGAUGCAGAACUUGCUGAAAUAGAAAAGGACGCUGCUGAGGCAAAACUCAUCGAACAGGUACGACGAGCUAGCCAAGACUACUACACAAAAGAGCACGAGGCCAAGGAAGCACUGGUGGAACGCACAUUGACUGAGGCUACAGCUGUAGCAACUGAAAUUGAACAAAUCGUCGAUCACAUAAUUACUGAAAAGAUUUCGCAUGUUAUUCCGCCUGAAGUGUGCAGUCAAGAUGUAGCCGAGGACCAAACUGCAUCAGAGGUUGUAAGUGAACCUGAAAAACUAGCUUCUUCUGCUGCAAAGGUAGUUGAAAGUAUCAUUAGUGAAGAAAAGGUUUCGGCGACGAGCAGCGUUACGUCAACGGUCCCUGCCAGUAGUUCCUGCCCAGCCGAAGCUAACAAUAGCAUUAACCAAUUGAGCACGAGUACUGAUACUAAUCAACCCGAAUGUCCCUCGACUCAAUCAUCUUCAACCACAUUGCCAUCUUCAUCUCCCGCUGUUGAUCCAAUUUCAUCAAAAAAUGAGCAGGAAGAUGAUUCGAUUGUUAGGGAUGCACCAAUUAGCAAUCUAAAUUUUGCCGUAGUUGAGGGAAUUCAAGACGCUGCCCAGCACGCCGCAAGCUCUGCCGAGCACGUCAUUUCCUCAUCCAUUAGCUGCACCACCACAACUACCAUCACCAGCUUGACGCAGCAUCCCGAAGCAAUCAGCAGUAGCAGCAGUAGCAGUAGUGCGGCCAUCAUUGAUCAAGUACCGACCAGUGUCAGCAACGUUACUAAUCCUAAAUUUCUUACUCUGAAUCUAGUUAACUAUAGUCCUAGUGGUAGUAGUGGUAACAAUAGCAAUAGCUCAGCAUCCGCUUUGACUCAAUCGCGUAAUGCUGCGGGCACUGCUGACGUCGCCGCCGUCGCCUCGGACAGUAGUGACCAACUGAUGGAACUCGAUCUGUUGCGUAGGAAACUGGACGAAACGGAGCUGGCCAUGGCCAAGAUAAUCGCCAAUAUGGGUGCCAUCCCGAAGGGCCAGGAAACAGAAGAAACCGACAAUACCGAAAUAGCUGAGAAGCUUACCGAGCAGAAUGGUCACGUGUGUAAACCCGUGGACGACAGUAGCAAGACUGUAGUAAGCGAAAUGCAAAAACAGGACGAACAGCUAGAACGCGAAGAGCUACUACAACAACAGGAGCAAAUGGAACAGAAGGAACAACAGCCAGAAGCUGAAGAAGAUGCUCCAAUGGUUAAGCAACAACACCUAACGGGUGCUGUUCCGAAGAAACGAGAAGUCAGUGAAGAUCGCAGUUUACUGAAGGUGAUACCCAUGGAGAAGAGGGCGGCCUACGAGCCAGGACAACAUUCCAGUCGUCCUGGAACUCCAGUGCAGCAUGUCACGCUGGAUCAGUCACUCAUCGAAGCCGAUGGAGCAGAGUCAAAGUGCAUCCUGCUUGAUGCUAAUGUGCCACAGAAGGUUUCGGUUGCAGAUUCGGAGCUUGCCGUCGAAACACUGGAAGCUAGUCAGAAAAGAAGUGAAGAAACGCCUUUCGACCUAAACCUGGUGGUGGUGUUUGAAUCGCUAUCGAACCUAAACCAGGGUCGUAGUUUGGAGGUCAACGUAUUAUUAGGAUCUGAACCGACCACCAUGGUUGCUCAACCCUCACCAACGGCCCGUGUGGCGUCACCAAUGAGGGAGGUGGUGCUUAGCGGAAUGAUGAAACUGUCGUUGGUGAAAUUGGAUGACAGCGUAAACAAACCUGCUGGCGAUGUCGUACUGAAAGCAAAGGAUGUCAAAAAGGGUGACACCUUUGGCGCAUUCGGUCCAAACGAAGAGUAGUGCAUCGAGAAGUUCGAUAGCGUUCCAGCGAAGGAAGCCUAAGAAUCAGCAACAAUUGAUAUACCUAACUAUGCAAACAUGACACAAUGAUUGCACGAGCUCAUAUUUUUCUAAAAAAAAAAACACAAGUUACAUAGAAAGGGUUAUACUACAGGUACUAUAGUAAUCCUGUUUCUAUUUUGACUGAAAAGGGCAGGCAGGUGAAUAAUCAAGCAAAUAAAAUAACGAAAGCGUGACAAUUUGGACACAAGCGGCCAAAUAUAAAUUUAAUUUGCUUCCAUGUUGUAUAAGUUGCACCCUAGCUUUCUGUACAUAAUUUAGUAACUCACACACAAAUCGGCUCAAAUUUAGGACUUCUUUGGUCCAACCAAAACUUCAGCUCAGAUAUAUACAAGAAAUGUAUGCUCACCAACGAACACAAAAUUCUAAACUUAUUUAUUCAUUGUUACAUUCGAUGUGUAGUAAACUUGCAUGCGUUUGUAAUUGUUACGAAACUAGUACAGUUCAACAAUAUUUCGAAGGCAAAAAUCGUCCACUGCGCAGCUUAUUAAUGGUUACUUUUAUAUCAUCAGUUGUUACCAGCAGUCUGUUAUCUUGCUUAAGUUGGUCAAUAGUAUAAUUUAGCUCUUAUUUAUAUAUCCGAAAACAAUAGUAUUUUUGUAUCAUCCGCAUCAUAAUCAGGUUACACAUGCAUUGGUUUAGAUUUUGUUAUUGUUUUAGACAAUUUUAUAGCCCGGGCAUCCGUUUGAACAGUCCUCUUAUACAUUGUUACCAUUAUAUAGCAGAUAUUCUGCCCACAAAAAAAGAACAAAAAUAGUUGUCGGAUUUAACUGAAUGGUAUAGUAAAGAAGAAUCGCAAUACAGUUAUAACGUGCAGCCAAACUAUUGUAACAGCGAAAUUGAUAAAAUAAAAGUGAUCAAGUUAAAGUUUGCAUUA